AUGGGUUUUGAACCGCAAGUUAUGCGUAUAAUAGAUAAUGUGAGGCCCGAUAGACAAACUGUCAUGUUUAGUGCUACAUUUCCACGUCAAAUGGAAGCCUUAGCUCGACGCAUUUUAAAAAGACCAAUAGAAGUUAUUGUGGGCGGUCGUUCUGUUGUCUGCAAAGAUGUUGAGCAGCAUGUAGCCAUUCUUGAAGAUGAUGCUAAAUUCUUUAAAUUGUUGGAACUGCUAGGACAUUAUCAGGAAGAGGGCAGUAUAAUAGUCUUUGUUGAUAAACAAGAAAACGCAGAUAUAUUACUUAAAGAUCUAAUGAAAGCAUCAUAUCCCUGUAUGAGUUUACAUGGUGGUAUCGACCAGUUUGAUAGAGAUUCGACGAUUAUAGACUUUAAAUCGGGAAGAGUGCGUUUACUGAUAGCUACAUCGGUAGCUGCACGAGGGUUAGAUGUUAAAGACCUCAUAUUAGUGGUUAAUUAUGAUGUACCAAAUCAUUAUGAGGAUUACGUUCAUAGAUGUGGUCGGACUGGACGUGCUGGAAAUAAAGGUGUGGCAUGGACUUUCUUAACGAAUGAACAAGCCCGAUAUGCAGGUGAUAUAAUCCGCGCUCUAGAACUUUCAGAAACAGAAGUACCAGAAGAUUUGCAAAAAUUAUGGACAGAAUAUAAAGAAGCACAAGAAGCAGAAGGCAAGAAAGUUCAUACUGGCGGUGGCUUUAGUGGAAAAGGUUUUAAAUUCGAUGAACAAGAAGCAAAUGCGGCUAAAGAAAGCAAAAAGCUACAAAAAGCUGCUUUAGGUUUAGCUGAUUCUGAUGAUGAAGAAGAUAUUGAACAAGAUAUAGAUCAACAAAUAGAACAAUUAUUUGCAGCAAAGAGAACUGUAAAAGAUACUUCUAUACCGGUUGUAACAUUAGCUUCUACAACAGCAAACACUACAGCUACUGCCGCACCUAUAGUAACAAUGGCUGGCGGUUCAGACAAACUUGAACUUGCAAAACGUCUUGCUUCGAAAAUAAGUACAACUAAAAAUCUUGCACCGGAAACAAUACUAAAAGGCACUACUACAGCUCCGCCAAUAUUAACGGCACGAACUGUAGUUGAACAGUUAGCUGCUAAAUUAAAUAAUAAGUUAAACUAUCAACCUAAGGAUGAUGAGGAAGGUAUUGCAGGAUUAAUGCCGAAUCAAGCCAACUCAUUUACAAAAUAUGAAGAAGAAUUAGAAAUAAACGACUUUCCUCAGCAAGCACGCUGGAAAGUUACAUCUAAAGAAGCUUUGGCACAAAUUUCUGAAUAUUCUGAAGCAGGUUUAACAGUACGUGGUACUUAUGUGCCUACUGGUAAGAAUCCGCCAGAAGGAGAACGUAAACUAUAUCUAGCAAUUGAAAGUUGCAGUGAAUUGGCGGUGCAAAAAGCAAAACGUGAGAUCACACGACUAAUAAAAGAAGAAUUGCUAAAACUUAGUUCUGCACAUCACGUCUUUAACAAAAACAGAUAUAAGGUUCUCUAGUAGUAAACCUUACAAUUAUAUGAGGAAAUGUCGGAUUUAUCUCAUUUCACUUUGUAAGAUUAUUUAAGUUUUGCAUGUGCUUUUUCUACAUUAAAUUAUA